AGUAUUGAUUUUUUUUUCCUUUUGGGAGAAGACUACAAAUGGGUCAAAGCAAGGAGAAACGUAACCGGACAUCCAAGUGGUCGGAGCUUUGUCCGGACCUGCUGCGAUGUGUCUUGGAACGUCUGAGUAUCACAGAUUUUAAUCGAGCUAAAUAUGUUUGUUCGUCGUGGCACUCUGUUUCGAGAGGCUGCGCACCUAAACGAAAUCAGAUUCCAUGGUUGAUUUUAUUCCCUCGCGACGACAUUAUCAACAACAACAACAACGACAGUUGCAUGUUGUUCGUUCCAGACGAGAGAGACAGAGUUUACAGAACGAGAGAUCUCGGUGUUGACUUUGUGCAGAGUUGUUGUCUGGCUACUUAUGGUAGCUGGCUUCUGAUGAUGGAUACUCGUUCAAAUCUCAACAUUCUGAAUCCGUUAACCGGUGAGAAUAUUGCUUUACCAAUUACUACUACAAAGUCUGUCGUCCCACCUGAGCUACCAAAAUAUGAGAGGCGAAGCCUAGCUUGUCUCUGGAUUGACGAUAGAAGCAAAGAUUACGUAGUUGUGUGGCAGAUGCUUGAUGAACUGGUCUUUACCAAGAAAGGGAACAACAACUGGCGAUGGAUUGCCUCUACUUAUGGUGGGUAUGGAAAACAACUGGUUUACGAACACAGGUACCAGAAGCUCUAUUUAUAUGAAUAUGAAGUCAAGGUGUGGUGUCUAUCUAGAGAUGAUCCACUAGAAGAAUUUGAAUUCUAUUACUAUCCUCCACUUCUGUAUACUUUUAGGGAUUUUCUAACUGAUAGAAGGAAAGACGAAGAGAAGUAUAAGAGAGAAAAGGAGUUGUAUAUGAGAGAGUAUGUUGACAGCAGGCUAAACAUUGCAGUGAGUACUGUAUCUGGUGAAGUUUAUAAGGUAGCUAAUACACUGCAAAAGUCGAAAAGAUGGCUCUUUUGCGUCAGCAAGAUGAACCCUAUAAACCGUUGUUGGCAAGUAAUCGAUUCUCUGGGCGAUGAGGCGGUGAUAUUAGAAAUGGGUAUUACUGUUCUCGCCAAAGACGUGCCAGGGUUCAAGAGAAACUCUAUCUACUUCAGUGGUCUCGAUUAUGGCAGAAAGAAUCCAGACCAUAUAUUUGUAUUUGAUCUCACAACCCAAGAGAUUGAACGGUUGCCUCAAUGUGUAAUCUCCUCUAUACGAUUCUCUGAUGCUCGAUGGUUCUUCCCUGGUUUUAGCGGUUAAUUAGUCUUUUAGAGUUAUUUGCAUCCAGUUUGUUUUCACAAGUGUUAGUGUAGAUUGCUCAUGAGCAAAAAGAUAUCUGUUUUUUUCUGUAUAAAAAAACAGAG